AAAAAAAACAAACAAAAUGCCUUCACUGAAAAGUAUGAGUAAGAUGGCUUAUCCAUACUCUUCUCCACCACCACCUCCACCAUCUCCUCCAUGCAACCCCCCACCUCCACCACCACCGCCUCCUCCUCCAUGCAACCCCCCUCCUCCACCGUCUCCUCCAUGCAACCCUCCUUCUCCUUCUCCACCUCCGCAUUCGCCAGGACGCCACAAACCACCUACCGCCCCUUCUCCGGCUCCAUCCCAUCGUCACCCACCACACCACCACCACCACCACCAUCACAAGCCCUCAUCCCCACCAGCACCCGCACCAGCACCAAAGCCUACAAAGCCGCCACACACCCCAGCCACACCGCCACCAUCAUCAAACUGUCCACCACCACCACCCAAGCCCGAAAAACCUUCUCAUCCGCCUCAAAAACCAUCAUAUCCUCCCAAAACACCACCAACGUCGCCGCCACCACCCAAAUCGGAAACACCUCUUCCCCCACCACCACAGCCAGCAUAUCCUCCCAAAACACCACCACAUCACCACCACAACCACCCACCCUCACCAUCACCAAAACCUAGUGUUCCAACAAUACCGCAUUAUCCACCAAAAUCACCACCACCUUCAUCAAACUGUCCACCACCACCACCAAAAUCCGAAACACCUCUCCCCCCUCCACAACAACCAAAAUAUCCACCUCAUCACCACCACCACCACCCACCCUCACCAUCACCAAACCCUAGUGUUCCAACAACACCUCAUUACCCACCAUCACUACCACCAAAACCCGAUGUUCCCGCCAAGCCCCCGACACCACAAACACCUCAUUAUCCACCAAACGGCCCAGCGGCACCCCCAAAAUCCCCAUCCAAGCCGCCGAAGACAUCAACUCCUUCUUAUCCACCAAAAACACCGCCAAGUGGCCCGGCUUCACCACCAAAGCCGGGAAGACCCGCGAAGCCGCCAAAGCCUUCUCAUCCUCUAACACCACCAGGUGGCCCGGCCGCGCCGCCUUAUGCCCCAUCAUAUCCGCCAUACUAUCAACCGGGUGCUCCAUCAUAUCCACCAAUUUACCCACCAUCUCCCGACUCCCCUACUCCAUUUUUUCCGCCCUCAAACACUAUCUUCACACCGCCUCCUAGCGUGGGAGGCGGAAAAGACCACACCACCGUGAUCGCGGUGUGUGUCUCUUUAGGUGGAUUGUUCUUCCUCGCAUUCAUUGCUGUCGGCCUUUUCUGCUUAGCUAAGAAGAAGAAGAAACCUAUCAUGGUUCCUGCAGCCGCCGCAGAAUGUGAGCCGGAAGCAGCCGCGGGGGGGCAUGGUCAUGGCGGAGGUGCGCACGGUGGGCCACCACACUCUCAGGGUUAUUAGCCAAAAUGAAUGUGUGGUUGAUAAGAGUGGUAAUUGUUUGUUUUUUAAUCUUUUGAUGCAGUGAAAGUAUUUGUUAUUUGUUGUUCCAAGAUUUCAAUAAAUUGUUGGAAGUGAAAAUUUGUUGAGUUUGUGGGGGUGUUUGCAUCAAUAAUUGUGGCCACUGUGUAAUCUUCACAUUCAUAAGAUGUUGAAUUAUAUUUUGUUGUAAUUAAUUAAUAUGCCUUAUUUACUAUAUAUCUCUGCUGUUGUAAUACGUACUAUAUGUCUUUUAUUAUGGAAAUAAAUGUAAACCAUCAUCAUUGUUUUA